AUGCCUCACGCAGAUUCAGCUUUGAUUCCCAAAGGCCUACAAACCAAAGCAGAAUUCUGGCAGACCGCUUACUCGCAGCUGCAGGGACUGUUGCAUGACCAACGAAAUUGGGUUUCCAACCUCAGCAACUCAGCAUCACUGAUAUACAACGCCCUUGGUGAUUCCCCAUUGCAUGAUCCUAAGACCACAAACUGGGUUGGCUUCUACAUACGCUCAUCGUUGUUCCCUGUUCCGAGGCUGUCGCCGUCAACGGUACCCACGGAUGAUGUGCAAAAUCAUGAUGAAAUGUUGCUACUAGGUCCGUUCUGCGGUAGGCCCGCAUGUCAGUCCAUCAACAUAUCGCCGGGGAAAAGAAGAGGCGUCUGCGCAGAUGCUUUCAUCAAGAAGCAGUCGGUGUUAGUACCCGAUGUUGAGGCAUAUCCAGGGCACAUCGCUUGCGAUGGGGAAACCAAGAGCGAAAUAGUGGUACCACUGAUCCUCCUCCUUGAUGACGGGCAAAGCCGCGUAGUCGGAGUGUUUGACCUGGAUAACACGGCAUUAUCAGGUUUCGACGAAGAAGAUCAGAGAGGGCUGGAAAAGAUUGCCAACUUGGUGGUAAACUCGAGCGAUUGGUAG